AUGGCAGCAUCGAAGAUCCUCCUCGUCCUCGGCGCAGGCAAGAACAUCGGCCAGUCGCUGGGCCGUGGCUUCAAGGCAGCGGGGUACAAGGUCGCGCUCGUCUCGCGCAGCGCAGCGGACGGCCAGACCACAGCCGAGGGAUUCCUCACCCUCCGGGCCGAUCUCUCCAACCACGCCUCGGUCCCGCCUCUCUUCGAGGCGGUCAAGAAGAAGCUCGGCGGUCCCCCCACCGUCGUCGUGUACAACGCGGGCGCCGUGGUCUCGCCGGUCGACGCGGCCAACCCGUUCACAGUGCCACUGGACGGCCUGGAGUCGGUGACGGCCGUGACGCACACCAGCGCCUACGUCGCCGCCCGCGAGGCCGUGGCGGGCUGGGAAUCGCUGCCCAAGGAGGUCCCCAAGGCCUUCAUCUACACGGGCAACAUCUGCGCCGCCGUCGUCCUCCCCAAGACGUUCACCGUCAGCUUCGGCAGCGGCAAGAGCGCCGCCAGCUACUGGAUCGGUCUGGCCUCGGAGGUCUACAAGGAAAAGGGGUACAAGUUCUACUUCGCCGACGAGCGGGUCGAAACAGGGGAGCCGGUCUAUUCCAAGAUCUCAGGGCCCGCGGCUGGCGAGUUUUAUCUGAAGCUGGCUGAGGAGGAGACCGACAUCCCGUGGUACGCGACCUUCGUGGCCGGGAAGGGAUUUGUCGAUUUCCCCGAGUCACGGAGGCGCUAG